AUUACAAAUUAAAGUAACAUUAUUGCAAGUUCUUGGAUUGUUAGCCAUGGCUGAAGAGGGAGUGAAGCUUUUGGGAUUCUGGGCAAGCCCUUACGCCCUGAGAGUUCACUGGGCUCUGAAGCUCAAGGGAGUUGAAUAUGAAUACCUAGAAGAAGAUCUCAUGUCGGGAAAGAAGAGUUCUUUGCUGUUGCAGAGCAAUCCAAUUUAUAAAAAGAUUCCGGUUCUUGUGCACAAUGGGAAUCCGGUGGCGGAAUCUCUUGUGAUUCUUGAGUAUAUUGAUGAGACGUGGAAGCAGAACCCUCUCUUCCCGGAGGAUCCCUACGAGAGAGCGCAGCUCCGAUUUUGGGCAAAAUUUGCCGAUGAGAAGUGUUUCCCAGCGGUGAUAAAAACGUUUUCCUCGGAAGGAGAAGAGCUGGAGAAGAACGUGAAAGAAGCUCGCGAGUAUUUGAAAAUCCUCGACGGCGCCGUCGGCGACAGGAAGGAUAACCAGAUAGAUUUCUUGGAUGUUGCGCUUGCCGUUGUAGGACAUUGGGCUAACAUUACCGGGGAGAUAAUUGGGAUGAAGCUUGUUGAUGAGGAAGAAACGCCGUCGUUGGUUACAUUGUUUGAGGAUGUUCUUGAAGCUGCUCCUUUCCUCAAAGAAUGCACGCCGGAGAAAUCCAGAAUCCCCGUGGAACUCGCGGGCGGAGCCGGCGAUAAGGUUCGCCCGGCAGACGGGGCAGGUGACAUGAGCCGCCAGCCACGCGUCGAUGCAGUGAGUGUGGAAGACGUGGCAGCAUCUAGGGAGCAGCCGGAGAUUCUCCUCGCCGUCGUCGAACUCGUUCAAACACACGGCGCAUUCUAGCGCGCCGUUACCUAUCAUGAGCGCCUUCACGUCGGAGUAGCGAAACCUCGGAAAGGCGUCGAUGACAUCCGAGUCUAGUCCGCGCCGCUGCCGGACGAUUCUGUCGCCGGCGAAGUCCCUAGCGAGCAGGCGGUCGGCGCAUUGGUGGAAGUAGAUGACGACGCAGCCCAUUACCAAGAAGCCACAGAUAAGACACACUAAAAUAACAUCCGUAUGGGCCAUCACCACCCAUUUCUCCGAUCCCACCGGCGGCGGGAGCGGUGUGGAACCUCUUUCCGCCAUCUUCUCCGGCGAAAAGAUCAGAAGAAAUUAUUAAUCCGGAAUUUUUGGAAUCUGGACGUGCUUUAUUUGUAAAUAGGUUGAAAAGUUUAGUGAUCACUGAUCAGUGAUGGCUAUCAUGGAACUAAUCAAGAAAGCUUACGGAAACAGUUCUUAACACCUAAGCAAUCUUUGGGUGAUGAUUAGAUUAGAUAAAAGUUCAUUAACAACCGUAGAGGAAUGAGAUGCUUAAUCCUUUUUGAUAAUGAUAGCUUUCCUAAUCAAAUUUCAUUACCAUUUAUGCAAUUAUCAAGUUAUUACAUGUACAAAAAUUAUUAAUGGUAGGUGCAGAAUGUGUUAAUUGAACGUACAGAAUUUUUGUAUCAGGAUACACAAUGCAAUAUAUUUAUAACAAUUGCUUGUGGAGCUA